AUGAGAGCAGAACGUCCGACCAAUGGGAUGACGACGACGGCGACGGCGACGGCGAUACGAGGGCCGCGAUGCGACACGACGCUCGUGCUGUACUCGCUCGCGGGUGAGCCGCUCGAGCCCGUGCAAGAGAACCAACCGCAUGUCCCUGAUGCCAAUUGGAACGCGUUCGUACUGCCCUUACCGCGUGCUGGACGCCGCGUAACGCUCGCAGAUGUGCACAAAGCGUUCCCGCUCGGCAAUCGCCAUCACUUUGCCUUCCGCUGCAAAGACGGAGCAUAUCUGGACUUGACAAAUCCGGACUCGGCUGUACCGUUCUGUGGACGGAAGAUCCUCGCUCGCGUCACGCCGCUAGAGGACGAGCCAACGGUCGAGUACUUGCGGUACGACGACUACCGUGACGCCGUUUCCGCUGCUUCGUUUGCAACGGUGUCAGGAGAGACGAAGAUUCGCGCGAGUAGCUACGCCAGUAGCGGUACAGUGGAGCACCGGAGUCAUGGAUUGGAUGAUUACGAGGAACUUGAGUCGACGACGUACGAGUCGCAGGAUGAAGAGGUCUAUGCGCCAAUGGAUCGUCCACCUUCACGGGAUCGAAUGCGACUAGAGGAGCGUACGCACAAUGACUGGAAUCGCAGCAGCUAUCAAAAAGAUGACAAGGCGUACGACAAUCACGAUGAUGGCAGCAGGGGAUCGAGAUGUGUGUACGAUGGUGAAGAAGCGACAUUGAACAGAGAGUCAGGUGCGCGUCAGCAGACAGAAUGGACGGAUGCUGCCAAGGACGCGCAGACUUAUUUGCGCAAACAGACGGAGCAAGCGUACGACUUUGCAAAGAAAAUGUCAAUCGAGGAUGCCAAGAAAGGGGCGACAGCAACGGCUGAGAAGGCCAAGAAGUGGGGAGGCUCGUUGCUGUCGUCUAUCAGUGCAACGAUAUCCAGUAGCGGCGUCAAUGUAACCAAGAGUGAAGUCAUCCAGAUUGGUAGCGUCAGCGUCCAAGUUGUGCGGCUCCUUGCUGAGGGUACAAAUGCCCACGUCCUGUUGGUACGCUCAUCGGCUACGAACGAAACGUUCGCUCUCAAGCGAAUUCUUUGCCGAUCCCAAAAUGUUGAAAACGACGUGCAGAUGGAGCUUCAGGUGUUUCGCUCCGUCAAGCACUUGAACAUCAUGCCACUGGUUGAGUUUUCCGAGACACGCGUCCAACAAGGAACAGAGUUCCACUUCUUGGUCCCGUAUUUUGACCGCGGAAGUCUAUGGGACGCGAUCACCUCAGCGAGUUUGUCGUCGUCGCCUUUGUGGCCAUUCACUCAGCGCAUAGCAUUGCACCUCUUCCAUGGCAUUUGUUCAGGCGUGCUUGCAUUGCACCGAGCUGGCUUCUGCCACAGGGACAUCAGGCCGCACAAUGUCUUGCUGUCUUCGUCAUCAACUGGAGGGAGUUUUCUCGCGUAUAUCCCAGUGGUUACAGAUUUUGGCAGCUGCGCUCCGAUCUACACUGAAGAAAACUCACACCGGAGUUUGCUCGAGCCGCAGGGCGACCCAAUGCGCAAAAGCUCAGCCCCGUACCAGGCGCCAGAAAGUUUGAAACCAACUGCUGGCAUCGCGGUGGAUGGCCAGUCAGACGUGUGGUCCCUUGGCUGUCUGCUAUACGCAAUGGCAUUCGGAACAAGCCCGUUCGAGCAUCCGCACAAGGGCUUUUUGGAAUCGGCAUACUUAAACGGCCAAGUGUCUUUCCCGCCAGAGCAAGGCGGCAUAGUGCACCACCGUGGCACCCAAUUUACAGCCGAGUUCUGUGACUUUAUUCGGGACAUGUUGCAGACAAACCCUGAAGAGCGGCCGUCAGUCUUGGACGCACUUGAAUUCACCGAGGAGCUGUUGAAUGAUGAGAUGCAGCGGUAA